UCUCUCCACUCGUCUGGGAUUUGCCCCGUGCAUCCUGAGUGGAAAGGACCCUCCGGUUCCGCUUCCGUAGUGGUCUCCACUUCAGCAGGAGUAGUGUACCUUGGUGGUCUCAUCGUACCAGUUGUUCUUGGCGCAAAUGUCCAGGUGUACCUCGGUGGCCUCACGGUAGCGAACGUUCGUGGUCCCGAUGGAGCAGCAGUCGACAGCAUCCAGUCCCAGUUAUGGGGUGGUCUCACUGUUGCUGGCGGUUUUGUCGACACCAUCCAGUCCCAGUUAUGGGGUGGUCUCCGAGUACCGGAAGGUUUUGUCUGUGGUUGGUAUGCCGUCGUUUUACGAGUCGUCCAUAAUUCCCAUGGCAGCGGCUCCCUGGAGGCCUCCAACGAGCCACCGAUGAACAAGCUGAGAAUCUGA